AUGGCGGAGCGUGCUCUAACACAGAGAAUAGCAAGCACCGUUGGCGGCCUGAUCGGCGACGAGAAGAGACUGCAAGCGGAGAUAGAGAGCAGCUCCGUGCAGCUCAAGCUGCUGGCAGAGGCGAUGGCGAAAGAGGGCAAGAUGGAGAGGGUGGCGGAGCUAGAGGCAGUGACUCGCAAGGUGGUGGAGACAGCCCAUGAGAUGUCUCUGCAUCAGCAGGCUUUGGAGGCAGUGCGAGACAGCUAUCAAUACACUGGAACACCCACCAACUUCGAGGAGCUCUUGCAGCAGCAGGUGGCGCAGCUAGGGGCGUCACACCCAUGCCCAGAGGACCACCACAUUCUGGUGGCGUUCCGGCAAACCAUUCGGAGUGCGAGGCAGGGAGGAGAAGGAGGGGGGGAUGACGACGACGAGGAUGAUGAAGUCAUGAUGACUACCAAUUUGAUUGUAAAGAAUCCCAACUGCCCAAUCACCAUGCGCCAUGUGGAAGACCUGGAUGACCCUGUCUGCUGCUUGGAUUGUCGCCAUGUGUAUGAGAAGAGCGCCAUAUUGGAAAAUAUGACCCAAAGCCGCAAUUGCCCUGUCUCUGGUUGCCGUCAGAGGUUAAGUCGGGACCGCUUGGUGUGUGACACUGAAUUGAUGAUGGCACUGAGGGAGCUACGUGCAAGGAAAGCCACUGCAACUGCAGCUCCAGAAGAGAUUGAUGACCUUCGCAGCACGAGUGCGGGCCGCGUUCGGGAAAGCGGUACGACCACUAUCAGCAGAGCCGGUAGCAGCAGUAGCAGCGGAACCGGUGGUAGCGCGAAAGCGGGGAAGAACAACCGGAAAGGCGGAGCGAAAGGCGCGGGAAAAUCGGCGGGUUCUGCGGCAGGGGGGCCAAGAAAGCAGGCAACCAGAAGAGAGGGGUCUGACAAUGAUAGUGGCAGUGAGGAGGAGAGAUUCUGGGGUAGAGGAGGAGGAAGAGGAGGAGGGAGUGAUGUGGAGGAGGAAGAGGAGGAGGAGGAGGAGGAAGGGGGUGAUUCAGAGGAGGAAGAAGCGCUGAAGCUUCCCAUGCCGAGCCCACCGGCGGGGUUUGUGUUGGACGAUGAUGGGGAGGUGGUGCUGGCCGCUCCUGCUGAGAGGAGAACACUUACAAUUCACGAUCCCAUCACCAACCGCUCAUUGGAUUGUGUCAUUCGACGCGCCUUCUCCAACUCGCUAGGCGUCCCCUUCUUCCUUCUGCACCCGCUUGACACUCCUAUCAUGUUCUUCCGCAUCUCGGGGCGAACAGGCGAGCUGCAAGAGGUGGACGAUGAGGAAGCAGAGAGAAUCAUGCCCGGGGCGGCGUAUGCUUUGGCCAAGAAGAGCCUUCAUCUGACUCCAUCCGGCUUCACCCUCACUCUCAGAGGAGCCAUCUGCUUCACGGAGGAUGACGUCAUCAACCUGGACACUGAAUUAGGGUUUGGCAUUGGGGGCUCCCUGGCUGAAGGGGUUGACAUCACCACGUUUCUGUCCGGCGGGCAGGAAUACAUGAUCUACACGCCCUUUGAUCCUCUCAUGUUCGUCGCAUACAAGGACCCCAAGACUAGCGAGAUUCUAGUGGCAGAGGAUCCUGAGCUUUUGAACGAUCCCAAGGUGUUGGAUGCGAUUGACGAGGAGCAGCAAUUCCAAGCCAUGGUG